AUGAGCUAUAGCUAUUACUUGACGGAACUUCUUGCAAAAAUUAAAUUAUAUGCAAAAUUGAGAAUAAAUGAAAGUGAGGAUGAGGAUGGAACGGAAAAUAGUAACGAAAAUAUUGAAGUAAAAAUGAAAAUGGAAGCGAAAAUUGAUGAUAAAUAUUUGCUUGUCCUAACAGAACCCGCUACUGUUUUAUCAGUAGCUUGCACGCUUGAUGCAAAAGGGCGUAUUUUUCGGGCUGAUGAUGGCAUGGCAUUAUUACUCGGAUACGUUUCCAUGCGUGAGCUUUUAGGCACAGAAAUAUCAAAACUUGUUCCCGCUGUACAACUUGAAGCGGAUUGUGAAGUACAGCAUGUUUGCGCUUUGAGUAUUUAUGGUAGCUCAAUUCCAGUUACUGUAGAAAUUAAUACCGAAAAGGACCCGGAAACACAACGACCACAUCUGUAUGAAUUACAAAUUCGAACAUUUUCCACUGUUAGCGGUAUUGUCAUUUUAACAGAGUCGGGCGCUUUGCAUAGUUUCAAUGAAGAUUUCAUUGAAGCAUUAAUUGGUAAAAAGCAAAAAGAAGCAUUAAAAGAUAUGGCUCAUAUUACCGAUAUAAUUCCGAAAUUUCAUAGUCAUCUAAUGGCUUCACCGCUAUAUGAAACACACAAUGAAGAAGCGAUGAAAAUUUCGGAUGAACAAUUCAACAAUGCUAUAAAUAGAAAUGAUUCAACUCCUUCUCGUACGCAUUCAUCAGUCACAUGGCUGAUAAAUGAUUUAACCUUAUCAUUGCAUAGGAUGGAAGCAACUGAAAGUAUUGUUAGCACCAAUUCCUCACAUUCAUCUAUUUCAUACACCGAAGAAACAUGCUCAUCAAUACCCUCAACAAGCUCACAAUUCACUGAAAAUAUUCGAUUAUGUGACAACAAGCAACAAUGGAAUGAAAUGAUAACUGAUAAGGAGAACCAGAAUGAGCCAAUUAUAGAAGGCUCAUUUUAUGGUUUUGCAAAACAUUCCGAUAGCAAUUUAAUUGCCAUAUGUUUCAACAUAAGACGAUUGAAGCCAAGCAAUGGCGCAAGCUGGGCUGUUUGUAUCAGUUACAAUAAAACAGUUAAUUUUGGCUUUUUUGAUCAUGCGGCGAAGAUGAAAGGAUCGAUUAAUGAAAGCAUCUCUGUUAAUGAGAAUAUUUGCGCAUGUAAUGAUGACAGUUAUCGAUUUGAUUUUAAAGUUGAAAAAAAUCAGAUGACUACGGCUGAAAACGAUGAUGAAAAUGCGCAAGCAAUAGUUGGUGAAUAUUCGAAAUAUUAUGAUACACAACAUUUAAUUGGUAAUGGUGCAUUUGGUUCGGUGAAAUUGACCGCUCGAAAGGAUACGGGUAUUUUGGCGGUUGCAAAAUUUAUUUGCAAAUCAAAAGUCUUUUCGGAAAGUUGGAUACCAAGUCCUAAGCGUGAUAAUCGAGUGGUACCAAUAGAGCUUCAUCUUCUCGAAACAUUAUCACAUCCAAAUAUCGUAAAGCUAUUGGAUGUUUUUGAGAAUGAUAUGUAUUACCAAUUAGUAAUGGAGAAACUUGGCUGUGGAAUGGAUUUAUUUGAAUUCAUUGAACAACAACCAAAAUUGGAUGAACCACUUAUAAGCUAUAUUUUUAGACAGGUAGUUAGCGCAGUAACUUAUCUUCACUCUAAAAAUAUUGUACAUCGUGAUUUGAAAGAUGAAAAUGUUAUCAUUGAUCAAAAUUUUUCAUGCAAAUUAAUUGAUUUUGGAUCAGCUGCAUAUUUUGGUCAAAAUUUUGUUUUUUCAACAUUUUGUGGGACAAUGGAAUAUUGCAGUCCGGAAGUUUUGCAAGGAAAUAAAUAUCGCGGUCCUGAACUAGAAAUGUGGUCUUUGGGAAUUUUAUUGUAUACACUUGUAUUUUUCGAAAAUCCUUUUCGCAAUUUAGAAGAAGCUAUGCGUGCUAAAAUUAAACUUCCAUGGGAAAUAUCAGAAGGAUUGUUUCAAGUAAUUGCAUGGCUUCUACAACGUGAUCCACAACUUCGAGCUACAGUACAAGAUAUUGGCAAUCAUUACUGGGUAAAGCAAUCAAUUGAUUUGCGAAAAUAUAAAUUUCAGGACGUGCUUCAAAGACACGAUCAUCCACAAUUUGCUCCAUCAGAUCAGAUUAGGGAUCAGAAUUGA